AUGGCUGCAAGAGCAGUGGCGGCGGCUGUCCUCCCGCUUCUCCUUCUUGUUGUCGCCACCAGCGCCUACGGCGGCGCCCAUGGUCGGCGGCCGAUAAGCCGGAGGAGCUUCCCCAAGGGCUUCCUCUUUGGGACGGCCACCUCGUCCUAUCAGGUUUCCGCUCGCUGUUCCUUCGUUGAUCCAUGGGUAGAGUUAAAAACUUUGGCAGAUAAAAUCGCCGAUAGAAGCAAUGGGGAUGUGGCAGUGGACUCCUACCAUCUUUAUAAGGAAGAUGUGCGCCUCAUGAAGGAUAUGGGAAUGGACGCAUACAGGUUCUCCAUCUCAUGGACAAGAAUUCUUCCAGAUGGAACUCUGAAAGGUGGAGUCAACCGAGAAGGCAUCAAGUAUUACAAUAACUUGAUCGAUGAGCUGCUGUCCAAAGGGGUGCAACCAUUUGUGACCCUUUUCCACUGGGACUCUCCACAGGGAUUGGAAGACAAAUAUGGAGGAUUUCUUAGCCCUAAUAUCAUAAAUGACUACAAAGAUUAUGCUGAAGUCUGCUUCAGAGAAUUCGGAGAUCGGGUGAAGCACUGGAUCACGUUCAACGAGCCCUGGUCCUUCUGUGUCACAGGUUAUGAAAGGGGCGUAUUUGCACCGGGCCGGUGUUCGCCCUGGGAGAAGGCAAACUGCAGUGCCGGAGAUUCAGGAAGGGAGCCGUACACUGCAGCCCACCAUCAGAUACUCGCUCAUGCAGCAGCCGCUAGAUUGUAUAAACAGAAAUAUAAGGCCGUGCAGAAGGGGAAGAUCGGAAUAAGUUUGGUGUCAAACUGGUUCACUCCCUUGUCUCGUUCAAAAUCAAGUGUCAUCGCGACGAGACGCGCCAUAGAAUUCAUGCUUGGAUGGUUUUUGGACCCGCUCGCCAGAGGAGACUACCCUGGGAGCAUGAAAGAAUUGGUCGGAAACCGUCUGCCGCGGUUCACCAAAAAACAGUCUAAAUUGGUGAAGGGUUCAUUCGACUUCAUUGGAAUCAACUACUAUACUACAAACUACGCGGAUAGCCUUCCUCUAUCAAAUGGCCUGAGGAACAGCUACUCUACAGAUGCUCAAGCUAAUCUGACCGGUGUCCGAAAUGGUGUCCCCAUAGGUCCUCAGGCUGCUUCACCUUGGCUCUACGUCUACCCUAAAGGGUUCCAUGAUCUUCUACUUUAUCUCAAGGAGAAGUACCGCAAUCCGCUCGUCUACAUCACUGAAAAUGGCAAGUACAUUUUCCUCCCCUGGAAAAUGGUGAGGAACCAGGUUGAAACUUAUCUGAAAAAUUAUGUGUCUUCUCUCUAUAUUUUAGGCGUUGAUGAAGCCAACAACAAGAGCCUACCACUCGAGGAAGCUCUCAAGGACGAUGCCAGGAUAGAGUACCACCACAUGCACCUUGAUGCCCUGCUGAGUGCGAUCAGGGAUGGGGCGAACGUGAAGGGGUACUUCGCGUGGUCGCUGUUAGACAAUUUUGAGUGGGCGAGCGGGUACACGGUGCGCUUCGGGUUACACUUUGUGGACUACAACCAUGGUCGGAAGCGGUACCCCAAGCGCUCCGCCGGAUGGUUCAAAAGGUUCCUCAAGAGAUGA